AUGUCCGUUGUACCGAAAUGUCUAUCGGGUUUCACUGUCAUUCCAAUUGCAUACACAAGUUCAUCGCAUUUCAUCUAUGCGAGAGCUCAUGCCCCUCCUAAAUCCAAAUCGUUCAAACCUAAAAAUGCUCUACCUGAAGGACGCACGCUGUUCUUAGUCAACGUGCCACCAGAUGCGACAGAGCGUGAGCUCAUACUGCUAUUCAAAGACUGUGGGACCGUAGAGCGCGUCUUAUUUGACUUUAACUCUGCCGACGCUCUGGCAGAGCACGCAUCUGAUUCUGACGAGGAGAUGGCCGAGGCUGCUGAAGACUCCGAUACUGAAGCACGACCUCGCAAGAAAAGGAAGCUCCAGACUUCCGAGCCCACGCCUCCUCAAGUGAUACCCCUCCCUUCUCCAUCCCUUCGCAUACUGCGCAAAACUGGGUCUUGUGCCCAUCUCAUAUUUUCCGAUGCUUCAUCUCUUGCAAAAGCACUUUUGUCCCCUACGUCACCCAAGCCAUGGCCAUCUUCGGAGGAACCCCGUGGUCUUUCUCAUUAUAUGGCAAAAUAUGAUAAAGAGCGGCCUCCGCUAGACGCUAUCAAAGCUCACGCAGACAGCUUUAUGGAACGCUUUGAAUUUGACCUUUCGAAGAAUAAACAAGAAGCCAAGUACCGGAAAGGGGAGGCAAUUGUGGACGAGGACGGGUUCACGCUCGUUACUAGAGGAGGUGCUUACGGACAAACGCUUGGCGGAGGUGUGGGCGUUGCCAGCAAGAAGUUUAUGCUUACUGGGAAGACUGGAAGUGGAAGAAAGAAGGGUAAAAAUAAGGAGAAGGGUGCCUUCUAUGCCUUCCAGAAGGCUGAAAAACAACGGAAAGCUAUACUCGACCUGAAGAAGAACUUCGAGGCGGACAAGCAACGUGUAGAACAACUGAAGGAAUCACGGCGGUUCAAGCCUUAUUGA